UGGGGGACAACAAUCUUUCUACUGGUUCUUUCGGCGUACAUGGAGAAACUGGCAACUCCCGCUAAACGGCCCUUCUCGUUGACCGACAUCAACAUCUCGUACCCGUUUGUGGAAGUUGAAAAGUAUCCGGAAAGCAUCUUGUUUCUUCUGUGCAUCAUUGGCCCGUUCGUGCUGAUGUCAGUGCUAAUUCUACUGGAUAGAAUAAGCGGGAAGUUCCAUAGGUUUUACAAGGCUACGUCAUGCUUUUCCUUUGCCGUUGCACUCACGUCAUUUGUGACUACGUUUUUGAAAAAAAGACUCGCCAAAUUGAGACCCGACUUCCUGGCACGUUGCAAGCCGACAGUCGGUGCUGCCAAAGCGAAGGAGCUUCUCUACGAUGAGCAGAUCUGCACGGCUCCGUACGGAGAGUUCAUUCUGAACGACGGCUACAAAUCGUGCCCCUCGGGCCAUUCCUCCAUGUCGAUGUGCGGGAUGAUUUUUCUCUCAAUGUGGCUCUAUGUCACCUACGGCCGGAGAAGCAAAAACGGGCUGGUCGGACUCUUCUGCUUCACGCCGAUGCUCCUUGCGCUGGACGUUGUCACCAGUCGGAUCUACGACUUCAAGCACGGCUACUUUGACAUCAUCAUGGGCUCUCUCGUGGGCGCCGCGUGCACAAUU